UCGUACGUCGUUUCUUCUACUUAAGCGCUGAAGCCACAGGCAGUCACAUCAACCGCUAUUCAAGUCACAUCUCACGCUUCGACUACGCCAGGAUUCAAAGUCAGGGUGGUUCUGCUGCCUGUCUUUGCUGUUAUAAAAUAAACGCUGCUGCUGCUGUGAGGGUCCCUGGCUCAACGCCCCGCGAUUGCGAUCUAACACAUAUACGCAAACAAAUCAGGCCACAAGUUCUCCCAAGUCCCACUAUCCAAAAGCCGACACAUACUCAAGACCAGCCGGAUAGAAUAGUGAGCCAUUCGUCAUGUCUGGGGGAUCAAGCGACCCUCGACUCUUCUUCAGUCUCGAUAACGUGCGGGCAUUCCAUGUCCAGGAUGGCCAGGAGACGGAACUCACCCCCUCAGGGCCCCAGACGCUCUCCCUCCUCAUGGUACCUACGACCAUUCCCGUUGUAGACCCUGCCGGCCUGAACGCUGCGUCAGGAAACACAGAGGAAGACUUCUACCUCCAUCUUCACCUGCCGCCAGAGCUCGAGUUGCCGCUGCCCGCCACCACCCAGGUUUACCACCAGCCACCCGACAGCUACCUGAUUCCCAGAUGGGAUCUAGGGCCGGAGGCUGGUGCGUUUACCCGCAUUCAGUUCCCCAAGAUCGGAAGCGGGCCUGGAAUGGUAUCACAGGAGGACGUGGACACAUUUGAGACCAUUCUUGCGCAGUGUACUGCUUUUCUUGAGCGGUCUCCACCUCCAAAGUACCAGGGCAAACAACCGCAAAAGCAACAACAGGGAGCAUAUAACCCUGCAACAUAUGCACCUGGAGAAGGCUAUGCAGGUACCGGCGAUGAGAAGAACGGCCAGAUUGUUCUGGUUGAUGAGGAGAACGGGAGUGUGGUGGGAGAACUCACCGAGGGGUUCAGUGUUGUGCAGUCGACGGACGUCAAGCCCGGGUCAAAAGACCCCGUUCAAAUCCAACUACCUGAGACAGGCAACCAGAUCACGGUCAGCAAUGCACCGCCAGAGUACCUGCGUAUGGCAAGCCACCCUGCUUAUGCAAAGUCAUCGCUUGUUCAAGGUUCAGCCAUGGCUUCCCGUCUUCUGGUGACUACCACCGAAGCACUGGCCAGCCUGGUAAACACUGGAGCAGACAGCUUCACCCGGAGGACCAAGCCCGCUGCCAAACCCAUGACAUUCUCGCCAUCCUCACAGGCACACAUUCGUAAGAUCAACACCUUCUCGCAGUCUGCUGCUGGCCUAUCAGCCAAAACCGUGGGACAGCUAGGUAAAUAUGCGCAGAACCUGGGCGCGGCAUUGACUCGUCGGGGCGAGCGUGAUCCGUAUAACAGAGGAUACGACAUCAACGGCAAGCCGAUACCAGACUACAAGCCUGGUAUCCUCAACAAGUCAAUGAUUGCGAUUUCCACACUGGGUGACGGUCUCGAUCACAGUGCUCGACAUCUCCUGUCAACCGGUUCUCAGGCUGCGUCCAAAGUCAUGGGCCACCGAUACGGCGAAGAGGCGCGCACAGUGACGACAGAUAUCGCUGGCGGCGUCAAGAACGUCGGGUUAGUCUAUAUUGACGCGAUGGGCGUUUCAAGACGGGCAAUCCUCAAGUCGGUGGCCAAGGGGAUGGUUGUCGGUCGUAUGAAGGAUGGACAACAGCUUGUCGUUGGUGGAGGCGACGGCGGGCAGAUCGGAUCUAGCGUGCUCUCUCCACCAUCUGGCAAGCCGGAGUCAGGCCUCUCUGCUCAAUUUGGAGCAUCAUCAUCGUCAUCAUCUUCGGGGCCGAUGUAUCGAGCACAGUCGCCUGCGCCGCCACCAGCGUAUGAUGCCCAGGGAGGGAAAUCGCUGGGCGGCACUCCGAUGAACGACAGUCACAAAUACCGGUAGUUCGGGGGAUAAACAAAACCCCCUUUCUUCACAUUUGCUUUCCUCCCUCACCUUUUUUUUUUUCCUUUUGAUGGAUUUCAAUUUCGAAUAGUGGGUUAUGUUAGACCUUGGAGGACGAUUUCGUUUUUUCUAUGGCAAGAUGUUUUUUUCUUCUUUUCUCGUCCAAUUUUUUUUUUUUUUUUUUUUUUAAUGUGGUUCUUUUUUUCGCCCCUGGGUUUGUUUUCCUGGUUUGGCUGGUUCCCUCGAACGAACGAGGUUCAUGACAUUAAUUUGGAUGAGCAAAAAAAUGGGCCAGGAAGGAAAUAUGACAGGAAAAAUAAUAGCCAGAUAGGUCUGUCAGUCAGGUAGCAGCUAGGAAGCUUAGCAGUCAAGAAAGAUGAUAGUUCAACUGCCAUUCCCGGCGAGAAAGAAAGCUCUCAUGUUUGGCCGCUUGACUCGAAACCGCCAGCUCUCAGCGUCAAGGAGCCAAAGGGAAGAAAGAAAGACAGAGAGAGAGGGAAAUAGAUGCGAUUGUUUUUGUCCCUGCAGCCCAAUGUGUUUUCCCAUAUGCACCACGCGCAAGCGAAAUAACGCCUCGUAGAUCGCUUCUGGUGGCUUAUCCGUCCCCUGGGUCCGCCGGUACAUUGCGGUAUUACGAGCCUCGUUUCAGGUUCCGGAGCAAAGCAACACUCGCAGCGAGGUAAGAUUAGCGCGGACAAUCGACUGGAGACGGAACAUCGUCAUCUUGUCAUCUCCAUAAUUAUUAUUAUUAUUUCAUCAUCUCAUCGAGCAAGGUAGUCACAUCGGAGUUUUCGAUGGUGUUUGGAGUCGGCAGCACCGUCCUGGCUUGAUUUGAUAUUGACGGAUGUCUUAGGCUCGGCCAGGAUAAUUUUACC